CUCCCCCCCCCCCUUGCGCACAGUAGUUCUUGCACAGUUGAAGGGUAAGUCAGACUUCAAACUCCAGUUUCUUUUGGGAUUGUCUCAGCUCCACGGAAGAAUGUGAAACACUGGCUUUGGCGAAGUGGAGGCAUUUAAUGAGAGAAGCUGCAGCUACAAUCUGAAUCUACGUUUCCUGGAAGGACAAAAGCAGUUUCUGGACGUCUUUGCGGAUUUAUUAAGACUAAUUGCCUUCUUGCUGUAGUUGAAAAAAUGUCUUCUUCCCUUAGACUGAUUACAUUUAUACUUUUACACUGUGUAUUGUUAUUGUCCAUUACCAGCUGCCAAGGCCAGGAGGACUGCACAGGUGUGGAAUGCCCAUUACUGGAAAACUGUAUUGAAGAGGUAUUAGAAAGGGAUGCGUGUUGCUCCUCCUGUAUUCAAACAGGAUGCACUUGUGAGGGUUACCAGUAUUACGACUGCCUCAACGCAGGGUUCAGGAAUGGCAAAGUUCCAGAAUCAAAGUCAUACUUUGUUGAUUUUGGAAGCACUGAGUGCUCCUGUCCCAAAGGAGGAGGCAGGAUAAGUUGCCACUUCAUUCCUUGUCCUGAGAUACCUCAAAACUGCAUUGAUCUCUCAGAGCCGGCUGAUGGGUGCACACAGUGUGAGCGCAUUGGCUGUGUCAAUGAAGACCAGAAGUAUGAGGCUGGCCACACUUUCCAGAUGGAUCCAUGCAAGGUGUGCCACUGCCCCAAUGCUGGGGGUGAGCUCAUGUGCUACCCUGUUCCAGACUGUGACCCGGAUGAGAAAACUGCAUUUCCAGCCACCGCUGAUGAAAACAUUCCAGAAAAGCAUUACAAUGAUCCUUACACCUAUGACCAAGACGCCUCCGAACUGUUGCCCAAAGAAUCUCAUAUGAAUCGCGAUCGACUCCUGCCACUUUUUAAGACAGGCAACCCGAGCACAGCAGAAAAUGAGGAUUAUUAUUUUACCCACACUGAUACAGGGACAACUACAGAGUAUGAUCUUGCUGCACCAACCAGCUCAGCAGUGAUUCCUGUGACCUUCUCUGAAACCCCAGCUCCUUAUGCAAAUCAGGGCGUGCAUGAAGCACAAGAACUGAGAGAGACAACAGCAACCCAAGAAGAAGAAGAAGAAGAAGAAGAAGAAGAAGAAGAAGAAGAAGAAGAAGAAGAAGAUGAAGUGGAAUACAAAGAAGACACUACAGAAAGUCCUUUCAUCCAUGAAACCACACAGGGUGCCCAGGAAGCUAGAAAGAGCGAAGAAACAGUCCCAGAGACACAUUAUGAGCAGGAAGAAAGGUUACCCCUGACUGAAGAGGCAGAUGCAGAAGAACAUGAUGAAACAGUCGUGGCAUUAGACAAAGACAUAACCGAAACUGGGUCUGAUGAAAAGGAGGUCACAUAUUUUAUUGAUCAAGAACCAGAGAGACUGCAUAAUGUAGUAACAGAACAAAUAAGCAACCACACAGGAGAAAAGGACUUCUCUGACCAUGACAAAUCGGACACGAAGCAUGAACCAGUCGUGUUUCCGGCAGUGAAAUUUAGCCCGACAAGCCAGCCUCCAGUUAUCGUCAAAGCAAAUGACAGACAAAUAUCAAACAAGCAGUCACAAACUCUUUCUCAUUACGAGCGUGUAGAGGAGGACGGGAUGAACUCCCCAGCAUUGCAUGAAGUUUCUGUGAAAGAAGUGGUUGAAGCAUGCUGUGCAGCUGGACAGCAGUGGGCUUCAGUCAAUGGGCAGUGCAUUGACAUGCCACAGAGUGAGAUUAACACAUCUGUCUGUAGAAUUGCCCAGAAACAGUGCUGUAUAGGAUACUUAAAAGAAAGCAGUUGCUUGGCUGGAAUGACCGCAGCGAAAGAGGGAGAAGAUUGUGAGGCGAAUGAAAGUGAUACCUGUGGAAAAGACUCCUACAAGGAGUGCUGUAGCUGUUGCUCUCUUGGUUUAAAACUCAGAAGUGAGGGACACAGCUGCGAGGCCCACCAGUUUCUGGGAUACCCCUGUAGCCAUGUGUUCCUGACAUGCUGCGAGGGAGACGAAGGCUUCGUCCAGCCCACUUUAAAACAGAGAACGGAGCCAGAGCCAACGUCACUACCAGAACGAGUUUCAGACACUGAAUACCCCAAAGAGGCUUUCUCUGUGGUUGGUGAAGAGGAAAAAGAAAACACUGUUGAUGAAGAGGAUGGUAAAGAGAAGAAAGAAAACACUGUUGAUGAAGAGGAUGGUAAAGAGAAGAAAGAAAACACUGUUGAUGAAGAGGAUGGUAAAGAGAAGAAAGAAAACACUGUUGAUGAAGAGGAUGGUAAAGAGAAGAAAGAAAACACUGUUGAUGAGGAAGAUGACAUCGACGAGUGCCUGGUCUAUGCGGGACAGCUUUGCCACCAAAGCUGCAUCAACACCUGGGGAUCCUACAAGUGUGCCUGCUUUCCAGGACACAUCCUGCUGGCUGACGGAUACACCUGCAGACUAGAAAAUGAAGACCAUGAAGACAACAACAGGUUAAUAGAGGAGGAAGAAACACCUGCUACUGAGGCAACUCCAAUGGAGGCUCCUACCACUGCCAUUCCCAUUGAAGAGGAAGAUCUGUGUAAAGACAAUGGUGGCUGCAUGCAUCAUUGCUCUCAGGUUGGAAGGGAGGUGACCUGUUCCUGUUUCCCAGGAUAUGCCCGAAUGGGGGAUGGGAUUUCAUGUGAAGAUGUGAAUGAGUGCAGCUCCGGCACUCAUAAUUGUUUCCGAGGAGAGCUGUGUGUGAACAGCAAUGGAUCUUUCCAGUGUGUCCGCAUCAGAGAGCUCUGUGACGAGGGCUUUAUACUCGACAUGAAUAAGCAAUGCAUUGAUGUUAAUGAGUGUCUUACUGACUCACACAACUGCCAGGCUAGGGAGCGAUGCAUUAAUACCAUUGGAUCCUUUACGUGCGAGAAGGAAAUCGUCUGCCCCCCAGGGUAUCAGCUAAAGGAUGACAACUGUGAAGAUAUAGAUGAGUGUGCGGUGGGAAGUCAUAACUGCAAUGCUGGUUUGGAGUGUCAGAACACUGCGGGCUCCUUCUACUGUAAUCCAAAACAGGGCUGCCUCACUGGAUUUGUACAAGACCUGAAUGGAAACUGCAUUGAUGUCAAUGAAUGCACCAGCCUAAUAGAGCCCUGCUCUACUGGAUUCAAUUGCAUCAACACGGUCGGCUCUUAUACCUGUCAGAGGAAGAUCGUCAUGUGUAGCAGAGGCUAUCAUGCCAGCCCCGAUGGAACCAGGUGCAUUGAUGUUGAUGAAUGCCAAGCUGGAGUGCACCGCUGUGGAGAGGGGCAGAUUUGCCACAACUUGCCUGGCACUUACCGCUGCGACUGCAAGACGGGCUACCAGUACGACAUGUUCAGCAGGACGUGUGUUGAUAUAAAUGAAUGCUGGCGCUACCCAGGACGGCUAUGUGCCCAAACCUGUGAGAACAAUCCCGGGUCCUAUCGGUGCUCGUGCACUUCGGGCUUUGCAUUAGCGUUCGAUGGCAAGAACUGUGAAGAUGUAAAUGAAUGUGACAACAACCCCUGCAGUCAGGAGUGUGCCAAUAUCUAUGGCUCCUACCAGUGCUAUUGCAGACAAGGCUUCUAUCUUAAAGAGGACGGACGUUCUUGUGAAGAUAUUGACGAGUGCUCUCAGAGCAUUGGCAAUCUGUGUGCUUUCCAGUGUGUGAAUGUGCCAGGCAGCUACCAGUGUGCAUGCCCUGAGCACGGAUAUACCAUGUCACCCAAUGGAAGAACCUGUCGAGAUAUUGAUGAGUGUGCUGUUGGAGCUCAUAAUUGCUCAACAGCUGAGACCUGUUAUAAUAUCCAGGGUGGGUUCAGGUGUUUGUCAUUCAGCUGCCCACAGAACUACAAAAGAGUGUCUGACAUGCGCUGUGAACGCGUCAGCUGCUUAAACUACGUGGAGUGUCAGAGCAGCCCCUUGAGAAUCACCUACUAUCAGCUGAGCUUCCAAACCAACAUUGUGGUCCCAGCCCAGAUAUUCCGCAUUGGGCCCUCGCCUGCUUAUGCUGGGGACAGCAUCGUUAUCAGUAUAACGAGCGGGAAUGCAGAGAACUACUUCAGCACCCGGAAGCUGAACCCUUACACAGGCGCCGUGUACCUGCAGCGGCAGGUCCGGCAACCGAAGGACUUCUUGAUAGACGUUGAAAUGAAACUCUGGCGUCAAGGAGCUUUCACCACUUUCCUCGCUAAGAUUUACGUGUUCAUAACAGCUCAUGCUCCCUAAGCUGUUUCUGACAGGCAUAUUUCAUAUGGUGCUCAGCUAUGAAGCUGUUAACUUUAAGAUUUUAGACAUGUGCUACUGUGGAAGUUGCAUUUACUGUAUGCUAUUCCUUUUUUUUUUAAAUAAUAUCUAAUAUAUCAAGGACCUUAAUGUUAAAGCCAUGCUGAAUUUCUAUAACUUAGUAGACAUCUGGGUGGUGCUGAUGACAUACUGUGCAGUUGAAAAACAAAUUGUGUGGGACACGAUUGUUGCAGAGCAUUGUAAUGGCUUCAUUGCCAUUCAUGCUUAUGUCCCUUAAAAAAAAACGUUUCCAAAGACAGAAAUAAUAUGUCAUUCAAUGGCUCACAUCUCACGUCUUUCACUUCUCUUUUUUAAUAACUAAGCUGUCCUAUUUGCAGUAUGUGGUAAUAUUGACCAUCAGUAUUAGGUUUACACAAUGGAUAUAGUAACAUAUAGUAACACAAUGGCUGUAUAAUAUUUCUUAAAGCUAUAAACCAAGGACUGAAAAAAAUAAGUAAUUCUUAUCAUUUUAGGCAAUCUUUACAGAUUGGGCAUGCACAAGGUAGAACUAAUGUGACAGAAAAUGAAAACACAGCAUGAAACUAAAGGACGUCUUUAUGAUACUAGACAGAGGAGAGAGGGAUUUGCUGGGUUAUAGGAAAUUGUAUGCUAUCAUUGAGUUCACAUGACGUUGUUUCCCUUCCAGAUCUAGAAAAUAGCAAAGGUUUUUACACUGACUGUUUCAGCUUGAUAACUGCCAUGUGAUCUUAUUCCACUGUGUAAAAGAAAAGGUAAAAUGUGAUCAUGUAUAAUGUAUAUAACCAGUUACAAUAAGUACGCAUACAAAUUUUGAGAUAGCAAACUCUCUUCUUAGGCACUCUAAUACAUUUUAUUUGAAGAUUUAGCUGUAAUGUGCAAAGUUUUUAGCAACUUUUUAAAAUAUAACAUUUUUUUAUUAUGUUUUGUAAGCUUGUCUAACAGUUAGAAAAUAGCAGUUUCUAAAAAAUGUCUAAAAACUAUGUUCAUUGCUGAAUAAUUCCAAAUGCUGUUGUUGUUUUUAUUUCAGCCCAUUAGUUGUCCCAACAUAUUAAACUCCAUUUGCUGUAAAACAAUAUAAAAUACUUAAGUACUGGUUGAAAUGAAAAUGCAUUUUUAGGUGAAUUGCAUCCUCAAUUUAAUAAGCAAUGCCAUUUUGCAUGUUGCCAAUUUUAUAAAGCAUGCAUAGUUCUAUUGACGAUACACUCUGUUUCUUCUUACAUCUAAAUACAUCUUCUUCAGCCUUGGGGGGGGAGGACACAGCUCUUAAUUACUGUAUUUUCUGCACAAUCAGUUGGAAAGUAAAUGCAUUUUAAUAUGAAGUCAAACCUUUUGAUAUGUAUUCUCUUUUAAAAUAAAUUAAGAAAAAAGAUAA